AUGUCUCCUUCAGGAGCAUCAUCGCCACAUCUGAGCUAUCUGGAGCAAACCGUCUCGCUCCUCACUACCGUGGCUGCUUACAUGCGUUUGCCAGCUUUGGCCUCCACGGGUGUUGCCGCCGUCCUCACUACCCUGCUGUACUUCAAGCAAAAAGCGUUGAUCUACCCAUCUCAUAUGCCCCCGAAUUCCCGAACUGAAGUACCUCGACCUUCCCAGUAUGGCAUCAAGGAUUUUGAGGAGUUGGUAAUACCCACCAACGAUGGCGAGAAGCUGUCGGCAUUCUAUAUACGGGGUCCCAAAGGCGGUCGUAAUUCAAAAUGUACCGUAUUAAUGUUUCACGGCAAUGCUGGUAACAUUGGCCAUCGAUUACCGAUAGCCCGCAUGUUAAUCAACUACGUCGGUUGCAACGUCUUUAUGCUCGAGUACCGGGGCUACGGCCUAUCUACAGGGGAACCGGACGAGAAGGGCAUCACCAUAGACGCCCAAACUGCCCUCGAUUAUCUACGAAAUCGAGCCGAGACUCGUAACCAUAAACUUGUCAUUUACGGGCAAAGCUUGGGAGGGGCUGUGAGCAUCAAAUUGGUGGCCAAAAAUCAACAUACGAAAAAUAUCGUCGGCUUAAUCCUCGAGAACACAUUUCUCUCCAUGCGAUCUCUAAUUCCAUCCGUCAUCCCCCCGGCUAAGUAUCUGACCAUGCUAUGUCACCAAGUUUGGCCAAGCGAAUCUACGAUACCGUCCAUUACCGAAGUUCCGAUAUUAUUUUUAAGUGGUCUCCAAGAUGAGAUUGUCCCACCUUCUCACAUGAGGAAGUUAUACGAAUUAGCUACCACACCUACCAAAGUCUGGAAGCCGUUACCUGCUGGUGAUCACAACUCCAGCGUGUUAGAAGAGGGAUAUUUUGAGGAAAUAUCGGAUUUUGUAUCCAACAUCGCCGGGGACGAGAAGUCAUGA